AUGCGAUCAUCCAGUGUUUUCUUGCUCGCCGCGCCGCUCGUUCUCUCAACCUCUGCAGAUGCAGCUUCAAUCCACCCACCGUCUAACCUCCUCCUCACCAUCCCAGACACACCCAACACAUUCCCCAACACCUCCCUCCCCUCCAACCAAACAAUCUCCGAACCCACAAAUACCUUCCCCCCCUCCCCCUACAUCUACCCCAUCCCCAACAACCCCACGACAAUCAUAACCUUCUCCGCCUACACGAGCCCCAUCAGCGAACUCUCCGCCCUCGAGUGCAUCCUCUCCGCGACCGAGGACGUCGAAACCGCCCUCGAGGCCUCCGUCCGCGACCCGGAUCGCCUCGUGCGGCAGCACUACGUCCGGGUGGACGCCGAGCACGCGUCGUUGAUCGUGGCGACGGUCGAUGGGCGGUUGAAGUGGGUCACGUGGGGCCAGACGUUGAAGGCGCUCACGCGGUUUCUGCACCGGUGGGAGUUUGUCGGGGUGGGGUUUGUGGUCGUGGAGGGAGGGGUGAGGGUUGCGGUGGGGAGGUUGGCGGUGAGGUGA